ACACCUGGGGGCCCCCGCGCGCCGCCGGGCCGGGCCGACACGUGAGGCUCAUGUGAUGGGGCCGGGGCGGGCGCGCGGGCCGCUCCUUCCCUCCCCGGCCGCGGCCAGACGUGCCUGGAGUCACAGGGUGGAACACGUCGCUCCCACCCGCCCCCUCGCGCGCAUUUAACCCAGCCCGCGGCGCCCCGGGGCCCGCGCCCCCCGCCCGCCCGCCCCGCGCGCCGCCUCCGGCCCGCCCCGCGCCCCAUUCACUCGGCUCCGCGGCGCACUCGGCGCGGGGCGCACACGGAGCGCAGCCGGCGGCGGGGACGGCAUGCGCGCCCCCCGCUGAGCCUCGCCGACCCCCGCCCGCCCGCCGCCGCCGCCGCCGCGGACCCCGCAGCCCCGCGCCAUGGAGCGGAUCCCCGGCGCGCAGCCGCCCCCCGCCGGCCCCGAGCCCGGAGACCUGCCCGGGAUGGAUUUCGCCCACAUGUACCAGGUGUACAAGUCGCGACGCGGGAUCAAGCGCGGCGAAGACAGCAAGGAGACGUACAAGCUGCCGCACCGGCUCAUCGAAAAGAAGAGGCGCGACCGCAUCAACGAGUGCAUCGCGCAGCUCAAGGACCUGCUGCCCGAGCACCUCAAACUUACAACGCUGGGCCACCUGGAGAAGGCUGUGGUCCUCGAACUCACCUUGAAGCACGUGAAGGCGCUGACCAGCCUCAUUGACCAGCAGCAGCAGAGGAUCAUCGCGCUGCAGAGUGACCUGCAGACCGGGGAGCUGUCCGGGAGGAGCAUCGACGCGGGGCAGGAGAUGUUCUGCUCUGGCUUCCAGACGUGCGCCCGGGAGGUGCUGCAGUACCUGGCCAAGCACGAGAACGCCCGAGACCUCAAGUCUGCGCAGCUGGUCGCCCACCUGCACCGCGCCGUGUCCGAGCUCCUGCAGGGCGGCCCCUCCCGGAGGCUGGCGGAGGUCGCCCCCCCCAAAGGCCUGGACUUCAAGGAGAAGGCCGGCCCGCUGGCCCGCGCCGCCCAGGGCCCCGGCAAGAACUGCGUGCCCGUCAUCCAGCGGACUUGCGCGCCGUCGGGCGGCGAGCAGAGCGGCAGCGACACGGACACCGACAGCGGCUACGGGGGCGAGUGCGAGAAGGGGGAGCCGCCGUGCUUCAGGGCCGACGCCGGCCGCCGGCCCCCCACGGGCGAGCGCUUCGGGCCCGUCAAGCAGGAGUCGGAGGAGCCCCCCGCCAAGAGGAGCCGCGUGCCGCGGGCCGAGGACGAGGGCCGCUUCGCGGGGGGCGACCUGCUGGGCGCCCCCUUCCUGGGCCCGCACCCGCACCAGCCCCCCUUCUGCCUGCCCUUCUAUCUCAUCCCGCCCUCGGCCACCGCCUACCUGCCCAUGCUGGAGAAGUGCUGGUACCCCACCUCGGUGCCCGUGCUCUACCCCGGCCUCAGCAGCUUCAUGGGCGCCGACAAGCUCGCAGCACCCCUGCUCCUGCCCCAGAGACUCCCCUCGCCCCUGCCCGCCCACCCGGCCCUCGACUCCUCCGCCCUGCUCCAGGCCCUGAAGCAGAUCCCCCCCUUAAACCUAGAAACCAAAGACUAAAGUCCCGAGGGGCUGCCCGGCCCGACAUCUGGAGACUUCCGGAGACGGACAGGACGCGUUGGCGGGGGCGGGCAGGGGAGGACGGGGCACCCGGGACCGCAGCGUGUGUGCAUGCAUGCGUGCCGUGGGGGGGACAGGACGGCUCCUUGACCGGAGGGAGUAGGGGACGAGGGACAGCAGCCUUGGGGUGGGGGUUGGGCGUUGGCCUCCGGGCCUGUCCCCACCCUAAGCUGGGCCCUAGCACCCUUGCCAGACGCCGCAGCCCCCUGGGCUGACUCAGGCCGGGCCCCGGGAGCCUGCGGCGGAGCAGAAGGUACUUUCAGAGGAAGCCUUCCCGGCGCACUCCGGCCUCCGCCCACCCCCCCCGCCCUCCGGGUGGCCGUGAGUCACCCGGCAGCUGCCCGCUCCCUGUCCCCGCCGCCCAGGGUGCCGCGCCCGGCCCCACUGGCCGUGGCUUGGGGAGGUUUCCCAGGCUGCCGCAGCCAAGCACAGAGAAUGUAGUCCCCGACUCAGGCCUCCCAGCACCGCUUCCGGCGACAGGCCCCCCCCCCACCCUGUGCCCCCCGCUGCCCCCCACCCGGGCCUCUGGCGCCCACCCGGAGGUCUCCUGGGCCGUGUGAGUGCCCAGCUGCCCCGGCUGCAGCUCUGAGGUGGGAGAUGUUGCCGCGGACCCCAAAUACCCCAGCUUAGCAUCGUGGGGGCCCCGCGGCCCCCCGCCCGGAGCUCGGCUGAUCCCGGCCCCCGCGUCGCCCCUCCAGCACAGAACCCCCGUUUCCCUGACUCGCCCCUGCACCAGCUUUCACAGUGCACUAUGCUCGAUGGCCGACCGUGUUUUUAACUUAGUUCUUCCUUCCCCGUGUUUAUUUUGGUAAAAAAGUCGCCUUUAUUUGUAAAGCUGUUAAUAAAUAUAUAUUAUAUAAAUAUAUCAGAGAGGAAAAUGUUUCAGAUGUUUAUUUGUAUAAUUACUUGAUCUACCAAGUGAGAAAAAAAAAUAUGAAUGUAUUCCUGUUUUUGAAGAGAAGAAUCUUUUUUUUUCUCUCGGGAGAGGUACAGUGUUUAUAUUUUGGAACCUUCCUGAAGGUGUGAAAUUGUAAAUAUUUUUAUCUAUGAGUCAAUGUUAAGUAGUUGUUUAAAAAUACUUAAUAAAAUAAUCCUUUUCCUGUGGAAGAGAA